CAAAAAAGAUUAUAGAAGAAUACAGUCCCAAUUGAAUAGUAUGAAUCAACUCUUCUAAUGACCGAUUUUAAUUAGAAGCUGGUGGAUUGACAUUCUUUUGCUUGGACCUCAACCAAUCUGUUGCCUGCACGUGAAGUUUCAGCUGGUAUUACUUGGCUCACUUGAUCUAUAUCAUGACGGCGGUUCUUUUCUCUAACAUCAUUUGAGGAAUCAAACUGCAAAUUUUCUGAUUCCCCACGACGGACAUCAAACUAGAUAUCUAGUCAGCCAACUUGUCAAACAAUUGCCGGAUUCUGCUGUUAUAAUUGGUUUAUGAAGAGUGACUGUCAGCUACCAUUGGAGUGACAAAUUGAAAAAAUUUUCAGGUUAUGCAUGAGAUGCGGUUAAAAGUGGUAGGACAAGGCUGAAAAGAAAAUGAGCUUCCUCUACCGCCGGACGUGGGCCGACGGCCGGCGGAAAAUUCCUUUACAGAGAAGGAUUAGCAAUCGAUGGUGGUGGUGCAUUUUCUGGUCCGUCCUCUGCCUAUCAUGGUCUGCGACUCAAGCCAGUGGCGUCAUAGUUGCAUCGUACACCACCCCAAAUGAAACUGUGGUGUUUCAGCAUGUGGCAGUGGAUAGCUUGUCCGGAAGGGUGUAUGUUGGAGCUACGAACUGGUUGUUUCAACUUAGUUCGGGACUAGAAUUGGAUCGAGCUGUUCAGACAGGACCUGUAGAAGACAAUAUUCAGUGCUUUCCAGGUGCAUGCUCGGAGCAGCAAGUGUCGUUCGUGGAUAAUGUCAAUAAAAUUCUAGUGGUUGACGAGGUAUCUCGUCGUCUUCUUGUCUGCGGUAGCGUUUACCAGGGUUCUUGCCAACGUCGAGAGCUUGAGGAUAUAGCAGUUGCUGACGAACUAGUACCUUUGCCAGUGGCUGCCAAUGAUGAGACGAGUUCAACAGUGGCUUUUGUUGGACCUGCCCGUUAUAUGGGGUAUCCGUCUCGCGUCCUAUAUGUGGCCACCACCAACAGCAAACUAGGUCCUUACCGGGAUAUGGUACCUGCAAUUUGUAGUCGUCACCUGGAGGAUGACCAGCGAUUAUUUGGUAUUAUCGAAAAAUCUUUUUCAGAAAUCUUGCGGGUAGAUAUCAGUUCACAGGUUAGAGAUUACUAUCUUGUGAACUACAUAUAUGGUUUUCAUUCUGGAGAUUAUGUAUACUUCGCAACCCUUCAACGGCGUUCACACCUUCGAUCUAUGGAAGAAGGAGGGUAUAUAUCGCGACUGGCUCGCAUUUGUGUCUCCGAUGCACGUUAUGAUUCUUAUGUAGAAACAACUUUACAAUGCCUGGGUCCUGAUGGUCGCGAUUACAACCUUUUGCAAGAUGCACACAUUGUGCGGACAGAACCAGCAGAUUUAUUGGUUGGAGUGUUUGCAGCUAGCCGAGAUCACACAGUUCAUAGUUCAGGGCGCUCUGCUGUGUGUGUCUUCUCCCUCGCCGAUGUGGAACAGCGAUUUACGGAAAACAUACACCUGUGCUACAAUGGCAGUGUCUCGUCCCGCGACAUGGAUUACAUUGCCGGAAGUAUACAGGAAUGCCCUGAACCAGGGGUACGUGAAGCCAUUCUUUCCAACUUGCUUAACUCACAGAAGGGCGGAAACAUUUUCAACUUCUGCGGGGAAUCUCUUAAGCUGAACGGUUCUUUACCACUCACCUCAUUUCCCGUCAUCACCUACGAAAAUAUGACCCUGUCUUCGGUAGUGGCCACCACCACAUCGCAUCAUAUAGUUGCUUUCAUCGGAACGAGAAGUGGACUUCUCAAAAAGGUUCUUAUUGGAGAUGAGGCAGAAGAAUUUGAGGAGGUUGUCGUAGACGAGGGCAAUCCUAUUCUCCCUGAUAUGCACUUAGAUCCAACAGAAACACACAUCUACGCUGCCUCUCCAUAUAAAAUUAGCAAAGUUCGGAUAGAAGAAUGUAAUAAAUAUGAAGCCUGCGACCAAUGUUUACGAGCAAGGAAUCCGUACUGUGGAUGGUGUUCUUUAGAAAAAAGAUGUACUGUAAAAGCAGCUUGCCAAAAUGCGACGUUGACGACAGAUUCCAGCAGUCCACGAUGGUUAUCCCUCAACACUCAGCAAUGCAUUGAUUUCCAAGCAAUCCGACCUGAACAUCUGCCUCGAAACAGCCUAUCCGUAGUGGAAUUAGUUAUCAAUCAACUGCCACAGUUGCCAUAUGGUGCCCACUACAUGUGCGUCUUCGGUAGCAGCACCCCCGUCCAGGCAAAAGUCACCGACCAAGGGCUUGCUUGCCUUGCACCCGUCCUAGCCGAAAGACCACCCAUCCCCAAAGGAAAAGAUCAUGUAUCCGUGGAUUUAGCUGUGAGGUCCAGUGAAACAAACAAGGAUUUCCUAAAUAGAUUAUUUGCUUUCUAUGACUGUACCGUUCAUAAGACUUGCACAUCUUGCGUUACCAGUUCUUGGGCUUGCAGUUGGUGUCCUCAUGAGAAUAAAUGUACCCAUAAUGUCACCACCUGUUCUCGCACUGUCAUCUCCGGUGAAAAUAAUCCUCAGAACUCACUCAUCAAAGGUCGACAACACUGUCCUAGUUUCAAACUAGAAGAAGAAAUAUUACUUCCCAGUGGAAUGCCAAAAGAAAUCACUAUAGAAGUUCGCAAUUUGCCGAGCGUCGUGGUAAGUGAGAAUUUUCAGUGCGUUAUCGAAAUUGAAGGAGCAAAGGAGAGAGUUCUAGCUAUUGCUAAAAAUAACAAAAUCAUCUGCUCUGAAACCGCAUAUACAUAUCAUGCCGAAGUUGGAAAAGUGACGGCAUCGUUGACGGUCCUUUGGAAUGAUGAUACUUACAUUGAUAAAACCAAUGUGACCCUGUAUAAAUGUCCAUUGCUGGGAAGUCAUGGUGGUACUGCGGACUGCUCAUUGUGUUUAACUCGAGACAGAAAAUAUCAAUGUGCUUGGUGCGAUGGAUCGUGCAAGUAUGGAGAUGCUUGUCUAGACCCUGUGGCAACGACAUGCCCUCCUCCCAGAAUUGAUUGGAUUCAUCCUUUGAGUGGACCCAUCGAAGGCGGCACCCUCGUGACGAUCGAGGGCAGUAAUUUGGGGACUAGUGAAGAAGAAAUCCGGGACAACAUUACCAUUGGAGGAAUUCCCUGCAUCCUGGUGGAGUACUCCGUCUCCGUCAGAGUUGUUUGUCGAACCGGAGCCAGUGCUGGUCCCAUGGCGGCUGAAGUUGUCGUGGGAAACAAAGCAGGACUCACUCUAGCAAAUGAAAGGUUCUUCUACAAGGUGGUGGAGCUAUCCCGGGUUCAUCCAAACAAAGGUCCCCAAUCAGGGGGAACGAGAUUGUAUCUUAUCGGUGCUAAUCUGAAUGUUGGUAGCCAACUCCAAGUUCUACUCGAUGAUAUUCCUUGUGAAGUAGACAGGACGUUGGCCAGCAACAGCCAGAUCAGCUGUCGCACGACCAAAAGCCCCAUUCCGUCCUAUAACGUGAGUCUACUACGAUUAUCGGUGGACAACGCGCUGUUAACCCUUCCCAAUCCUUUUGUCUACAGAGAUGAUCCAAUCGUUAAGAAAAUUACUCCUUUGAAAAGUUUUGUGAGCGGGGGACGAGCCGUCACCGUGAGCGGUGUCAACUUCCUGCCUGUUCAGCAGCCUCGAAUGGUGGUCUACUUCAAUGAUAGCCUCGUCAACGAAACGAUUUGUGAAGUCCGAUCAGACCAUCUGAUGGUAUGCCCUUCACCUUCCGUGUCCGGUUCUGCUUCCAAGUGGCAGUUAGCUCAGGCCGACUACAUGGCCGAAGAGAGUUCUGACCACUUACUGAAACUUCGCAUUGGAUUCAUAAUGGAUGGCGUUGAAAGCGUCCGAUCUUUGCAAGAUUCUUUCCCAAGCCUCCAUUCGGACCUUACUUAUGUUUCCGAUCCAAAAUUCUUCAGCUUCGAGGAAGACGCAAUCAAACUUUACAAAGGCGAAUCCCUCGUUAUCGAGGGCGAAAAUCUGCGUUUAGCCAGCACGGAAUCGGAAGUAAAUGUUACUAUUGGUACUCGUCCGUGUAAUUUGACUUCUUUAGCUUCGACCCAACUUGUUUGUGUUCCACCUGAGGUUCAACCUGCUGGAACUGAUGAAAUAGGACGUCGGACGGAGAGCGGACUGCCAAUGGUGGUGAUCCGAGUGGGACGCAAUCUUCGUUUCGAAGUCGGUUAUUUGCGGUACGAGGUAGCGAAAAGGUAUGAAUUACCUCCAGAAGCUGUGGGUGGUAUAGCCGCUGGUGGUGCUGUGCUGGUGCUCUUCAGCCUCAUCAUCCUUGCUGUGCUAAGACACAAGAACUCGCAGGCUGAGAGAGAGUAUAAGCGUAUCCAGCUGCAGAUGGAUACGCUCGAGAACAGCGUCAGAUCCGAGUGCAAACAAGCUUUUGCUGAACUGCAGACAGAUAUGACAGAUUUGACAAAUGAUUUAGAGACAUGCGGUAUUCCCACAUUGGAUCAUCGGACAUACGUGAUGAAAGUGUUUUUCCCUGGAGUAUACGACCAUCCCCUCUUGCAAGAAACCAAGCUUCGUCAAAAUGGGAUGUAUAGUACAUGUGAAGUUGCCAUGGCGCAGUUUGAACAACUGAUCAACAACAAAUGCUUCCUUUUGACUUUCAUUAAAACUUUGGAGGUUCAGAAGUCCUUUAGCUUUAGAGACAGGGUGAAUGUUGCUUCACUUUUAAUGGUCAUUCUUUUGGAGAAAAUGGAAUAUGCCACUGAUGUUCUUCGAGCCUUGCUGCUGCAGCUGAUAGAAAAAUCGGUGAAUACGAAGCACCCUCAACUCAUGUUACGGAGAACCGAAUCCGUUGUGGAGAAGAUGCUAACAAAUUGGAUGGCCCUCAGCAUGUACGACUACCUGAAGAACGAAGCCGGUAGCUCGCUGUUCCUUCUAUUUAGCGCCAUCAAGCAUCAGGUGGAGAAAGGCCCUGUGGAUGCCAUCACACACGAUGCUCGAUAUUCUUUGUCGGAGGAACGGCUGCUUAGAGAGCAGAUUGACUAUUCCAUAGUGACGGUGCAGGUAGUUCAUGAGGACCAGGAUGAGAAAAUUGUAUGCCGUGUAAAUGAUUGUGAUGCCACCAGCCAAGUGAAAGCGAAAUUAUUGGAUGCCGUUUAUAAGAAUACACCUUUCUCUCUGAGGCCAUCUAUACAUGAUGUUGACCUUGAAUGGAGGCAUGGUCGUGGCGGUCAUCUCACGCUAGCCGAUGAAGAUUUAACAACCAAAACUAUCCACGGAUGGAGACGACUGAACACACUCCGUCACUACGGUGUGAAAGAUUCUGCUGUUAUGAGCCUCGUGACGAAACAAAAUGAUAGCUUCAGUUCCAAUUGUACAGGGAACAAUUCGCUAAAUUCUGUGUCACCAAUCGUCGGACAUUACGAUGUGGAACAAGGCUUGCGUUAUUGGCAUUUAGUGAAAUAUCAAGAUGAUCAGUCGAAUAUUAAGGACUACAACCACAAGUCCAUACCAGAAAUAUUCCUUACUCGUCUUCUCUCUACAAAGGGCACCGUGCAAAAAUUCGUGGACGACUUUUUGACUACCAUCUUGACAGCCAACGAACGUCUUCCCCCGGCAGUCAAGUGGCUCUUUGAUCUACUCGACGAAGCUUCGGCUGCACAUGGUAUCCUCGAUCCUGAAGUGGCGCAUGCAUGGAAAAGCAAUAGCCUUCCGUUGCGCUUUUGGGUGAAUUUCAUAAAGAAUCCAGACUUUGUUUUGGACAUCCAGAAAACACCGGUGGUGGAUUCCUGCCUCUCCGUUAUUGCGCAAACAUUGAUGGAUGCAUGUUCCACAUCGGAGCACAGACUUGGAAAAGAUUCUCCUUCAAACAAACUGCUGUUUGCUAAAGACAUCCCCACUUACAGGAAGAUGGUGAACAGAUUUUAUCAAGACGUCGCAUCUUUACCCCCAGUCACAGAUCAAGAGAUGUGCGUUGCCAUGCAAGCUCUGUCAAUGUCUCAUAAUGGGGAAUUCGACAUUAUCAGCGCUCUUCGUGAAUUAUAUGUUUAUGCCGCCAAGUAUAAUGACCAGGUCUUGGAAGCUCUGGACACCGAUCCUUAUUGUCAGAAAAUGCAUUUAGCGGAGAAACUGGAAACAGUGGCGUGCACCCUCGAAGGAGAGGAGACGUCCGUCUGCUAAGGGACUUCAGCUGUCAACGCUGCUGGUCAGCGUUUAUUAACAGACCUUCCACGGUGUGGAUUCUGCCAUCAACAUUCCAUUGACUGGCAUUGUUUCGUCGGAUUCGGCAAGAAGAGAUUGACUGCUAGGAAACCGGCUCUCCUUUUACUAAAGAACACCAGUCAAAACAAAACCGGGCAUUACCCUUGCCGGAGCAAAGCGAACUUGCCUGAAAGGAAAAAAAAAGAGGCACAGUUUUAUCCUCCAAGCAUCAUUGUUGUGUAUAUAUAACAUAUUAUAGUCAUCGUUGUACGUAAGACAAUUGGCGCAUUGUGUCUGAGCGAGAUAUUACGUUUUUUGUUCCAAGCAAAACCCGCGACCUUUAAUGGACUUUGAAGGUCAUGUAAAACCUCGUGAAGAUCUAUUUCCAUUUCUGUUUUUCGAUGUUCGCGUGAGAUGUUGUCUAUUUUUUGUUUUUUGAACAGCGAAAGCAACUUUCAUUCAAGAGCAUUGCAGAGCUUUCAGAAUUCGAUAUGAGUUGAAGACGUCUGGUGUGUGAAGAGCUUCAGAUCUGGUACCGAACCCGAGUCAGUGGAACUACUCGGAAGGGUUUUUUUAAUAAGGAAAUGAAAAAAAGAGGCUUGAUGGCAAUUCUGGGAUCGCUUGAUUUGAGCUUGAGAACACUGAGAAGAGCGCUGUCUUCGGACCAUGUCGUCCACUCCCUGCUUGUUAAGAGUUUAAAUAUUUAUAAAUAGGAUUCAUUUGCGCCUUUGUCGUCUCUUUCAUGUGUCAGCGGGCUCGAAAUGAACUACCUAUUCCAACUUUUUCAUAUUUUUGUACAUAAUUUACUUGAUUUAGGACAAACAUUAAACCUAACGUUAUAAUUUUUGACUAUGUUUUUAAAUGAAUGAUUUCUAAUGAAACGAUAGUUUUAUUAUACAUACAUAUGUUAAAUUUCUGUACUUGCCAUUAAAAAUUUCAUAUUUGAAUUUUAAAUGAAAUGAAUUACAAUUUUUUAAAGAGGUAGAUACUUUUUACCCAAGCUUUAAAUGUCUGCUUUCGAUAUAGUAGUUAAAAUAGCACGAUAAAGCUCCUUGCAUGCUUUUUAUAACAGAAUUUUUAGUAAUAGUAGACUAAGAACUUUGAUUUAAAUGAUUGAUUGUUAAAUUUAACCAUUUUUUUUUUUACAUAUUAAAAUUUGGGACUUUUUUAUUCAUUAUUUAUUAUAGUCCCUAAUUUUAAUUGUUUAUUUUUAUAUUAAAAAAUAGCAUAAAAGAUAUAAUUUUAGACUUAGCAUUUUGCUUUAUGUAUUAUUUUCUGAUUUAAAAUGCUCAUGGCAGAUUCAAUACUUUUUGCAAAAGCGAGUCCGCCAAAGUUAUUUAUUUUUAAAUCAAAAUCACGUUACAUCACUCAUUUAAAACAUAUUUUAUUCUAUUUAUAAUUUUUAAUAAAUGCCAGAUUCAUAUAAUUUCAAGAGAUUGAUGUGCUGCUUUUGAUGUUCCUUAAUUCCCGCAAAUAUCUUAUGAUACUUGUGUUUUUGUAAUAAUGCGAGUCGAGCCCGCUCUCAGCAAUCAGACUGCGACCUUUCAUGUCGAAAAAGUCACCCCUCGUCCCCCAGUGGCGGAUGUCCGCCCCUUGUGUCAUACACGCUGCCUGUGAUACAUUCUUGUCAUUAACCACCACCAGUGACUCUUGAUGAGCCGAUAGUCGUUUGAGCUUCGUCUCGUGUGCCAGUCGCGCUUCGAACGGAUUCUUUAAUUUUGGCUGUGAUAUAUUCUUCCCUAAGGACGGCUGCCACUUCUGCUAUGUCACCUCCCGGGGGAUGCACGCGCGAACUAUUUUUUUAUAUAAGAGACGAAACUUGUAGCCAUUGUAUUGAAGGAAUAAACGAUUAUAACACUUUAA